AUGGGAGGCCGCCGCAAUAUGCACGCCUACAAUCAAGACGAGAUCCACAGGCUCAAGGGCAUCCCGCUCCCCAUCAAGAUCAAAUGCGGUCGGUGUCAGAAGAACCUCCCACAAGCCAAGUACUCUACCAAGCAGCUCACCGAUGCGCGUUGGAAAAUCAAGAACUCGGCCAAGAUUUACAAGGCUAUCAACUGUCAGGCAUGCACUGGGCAGCAGAAGGUCGAGGUCGAGUGCACCAUGUGCGGUAAAACUAAAGGCCUGGAAGAGUUUGCCAAAUCGCAGCGUGCAAAGCCCGAUACUGCCAAAUGCUUCAAGUGUAUCGAAGCUCAGCUUGCGGACGAAGCCGUCGACGAAGACCGCUAUGAGAACUUGGAGAACGCUUUCCUUCCGGCGGACCACUCUAACGGCCAGUAUCCUGAGUAUUUCUCCUCGGCCACAACUGACACUUCUUCCAACUACGGUGACGAUGAAUGGCAGACCGUCAAUGGUGGAGAUCGGCGCCCUAAACACAAAGACAUGGUAGACAGAGGUAUCGCAUUGUCGGCUGACUUUCAAAAGGCUAUGUCCAUGACUGGCUCAGCGGACGAGAGCCUGAUUGAGACCGAGUACACAUACGCUGCUGCCGCUGGUCAUGGAAAGGGCAACAGCGACGGCGGCUGGAGCGAACAACGCACCAAAUCAUGGCACACCAAGUCCAAUGCAGCUCCCAGCACGAGCUCUGGCUUCAACCCUAAUGCUUACCGUCGUCCCGCUUCUUCAGUCACCGGUUCUGCUCACUCCUUCGCUUCCAGCGUAGCUGAAUACUCCGAUACUUCCGAUGUUCGUCCCAAUGGAUGGGCUAAGAUCCGUGCUGCUCCUCGCGGCCCUCCUAUGAUGCCUAUGGGUGACAUUGCUCGACAGACUGGCUCUGACCUUGGUGCUUGGGAUUCUGAUGACGAUGAAGAGGAGAAUGAUGAAGAUGACGAUGACAGUGAUGACGAUACUAUCAUCUAG